CGUUACAAUACUUCUUAGUAGUUCAAAUCACCAACGAAUCAAUCUUUGACUCUUCCCACUCUACCACCACAAAUAAUAUCUCACUACUAGAAUCCUGGGUCGUUUCCGACUACAAAACUAGCAAAUAUGAGUAUGGGGCUAGCGGAGGAUGACUCAAGGAUCGAAAUACAUGAUAUUCACUGGGAAAUGCUUGAUAAAUCCAAGUUUUUCUUCCUCGGUGCCGCGUUGUUUUCGGGUGUUUCCAGCAUGUUAUAUCCGGUUGCGGUGUUGAAAACACGCCAACAAGUACUUGUAACAGACACACCGUGCUUCAAGAUGGCGGUUUCGAUAAUAAGACGUGAAGGUUUCAAGGGAUUAUAUAGAGGAUAUGGGACAUCUCUAAUGGGCACUAUUCCGGCUAGAGCUCUUUACAUGGGUGCUCUAGAAAUGACCAAGAGUAAUCUUGGUUGCACCGCAGUGAAAAUGGGGUUUCCAGAGGUAAAAGCGGCUACUAUCGCGAAUGCUGUGGCUGGAUUAAGUGCAGCCAUGGCUUCACAGUUGGUGUGGACACCAAUUGAUGUAGUUAGUCAAAGAUUAAUGGUCCAAGGUGGAAAAGGUGGUUCGGUUAUGUAUAAUGGAGGCAUUGAUGCUUUCAAGAGAAUUUUUCAAAGAGAUGGUGUUAAGGGAUUAUACAAGGGGUUUGGUAUUUCGGUCUUGACAUAUGCUCCAUCGAAUGCGGUUUGGUGGGCUUCUUACUCUAUGGCUUAUCGGUCUAUUUGGGGUGGUGUGAGUUCUUAUGGUUUAAAGAAAGAGAAUUCAAUGGUGGUUGUGGCGGUUCAAGGGCUAAGUGCCACGAUAGCCAGUGGAUUUUCGGCGUUGGUUACAAUGCCGUUGGAUACUAUCAAGACAAGAGUGCAAGUUUUAGAAGGUGGAGAGGGUACCAGGAAGGCAAGUGUUGCACAAACUAUUAGGAAUUUGGUGAAAGAAGGUGGAUUUAGUGCUUGUUACCGAGGGUUGGGUGCAAGAUGGGCUUCAAUGGCUAUUUCCGCAACUACAAUGAUCACUACUUAUGAGUCGGUCAAGAAGAUGUCUACUAAGAACCAAGAGUUCUAUGGGUCCCUUCACUGAUUGAAUUGGGUUUUAUGUAGAAUAAGAAAAAGAUGAAACUUAAAAGGUUGGACUACAUAAGACAACAAAGACCAUUUGAUUGUAAAUGUGUAAAUAUGUAAAUAUGUAGAGGGGUUGUAGUAGUAGUUAAGGAUUUUAUUAUCUAGGCUAUAUUAUAGCUAUAAACUUAUCCCUCAGCCUGUUGAAGAAUAAUAAAUUAGUAUUUGCUUUA